AUAUAAGAAGAGAAAAACUGGUGAAAUCAAAAAAUAAGAAAACCAGAUUGCACUAGAAAAACAAAAGAAUUUUCACGUAAGAGUCGAAGAAAAUGGCGAGCACUAUGAUGACUACACUGCCUCAGUUCAAUGGUCUUCGAGCUAGCAAGAUCUCUGCAGCUCCAGUUCAAGGCCUGGCAACUGUUGUGCCCAUGAGACGCAAGGGAAAUGGAGCUUUGGGUGCAAAGUGUGACUUCAUUGGUUCAUCAACAAAUCUGAUAAUGGUAACGUCGACGACUCUGAUGCUGUUUGCUGGGAGAUUCGGACUAGCACCAUCAGCCAAUAGGAAGGCGACAGCUGGACUCAAGUUAGAGGCACGUGACUCGGGUCUACAAACGGGUGACCCAGCCGGGUUCACUCUCGCUGACACUUUGGCUUGUGGUACCGUUGGUCAUAUCAUCGGCGUUGGAGUUGUCCUUGGUCUUAAAAACAUUGGUGCUAUUUAAGAUACUUGUUCAGUUGUAUUUCUAAAAUUUUAAAAACAAAAUUCUCAAGAACCUGAGGGGAGAACUAGUUAAUGUUUGUAUCUUGCAUUGUAUUCCUCUUCAAAACAAUUAGAACGACUGCAUCUUGAAGUAUGUGAACCAAAAGCAUUAUGUUCCCUUGAUAGGAAACGCCACUAGCUAGGUUUUAGAAGUUUUAGGUAAAGCUUACAUUAAAAUUAUGAUUACUCUGUUCAAAGUGGAUACAAGUUUGCUUCUAAUCUCGGCAAGAACCUGAGCAAUUCUAUUUCCUCUGGAAAAGAAACUUUAAUUGGGUCUUA